CACACUCAAGAGAGAAUGGCAGCCAGGAACUCUUCUGUGACAGAGUUCAUCCUCACAGGCUUAACGGACAAGCCAGAACUUCAGCUGCCCCUCUUCUUCCUGUUUCUAGGUUUCUAUCUGGUCACAGUUCUUGGGAACCUGAGCUUGAUCCUCCUGAUAGGGCUGAACUCUUACCUGCACACUCCCAUGUACUUCUUCCUCUUCAACCUCUCCAUAAUUGAUUUAUCUUACUCCACUACCAUCACCCCCAAAAUGCAGAUGAGUUUUAUCUCAAAGAAGAACAUUAUCUUCUAUGCUGGGUGCAUGACUCAGCUCUUUUUCUUCUGCUUCUUUGUCAUUUCUGAGUCUUUUGUUCUUUCAGCAAUGGCAUAUGACCGUUAUGUUGCCAUUUGUAACCCACUAGUGUACACAGUCACCAUGUUUUCCCAGAUGUGUUUUCUCCUCUUGUUAGGUGCCUAUGGGAUGGGCUUUGCUGGGGCUAUUAUCCACACAGGAAGCAUAAUGAGCCUGACCUUCUGCUCUGAAAACCUUGUCAAUCAUUUCAUGUGUGACAUCCUUCCCCUCCUUGAGCUCUCCUGUAACAACACUUAUGCACAUGCACUUGUAGUCUUUAUUAUUGUGGCCAUUGUUAUUGGAAUACCCAUUGCCACCAUCUUCCUUUCUUACACCCUCAUCUUGUCUAACAUUCUUCACAUCAGUUCCACAGAGGGUAGAUCCAAAGCCUUUAGUACCUGCAGCUCCCAUGUGAUUGUGGUUUCUCUGUUUUUUGGUUCUGGGGCUUUCAUGUAUCCUAAACCACCAUCUAUUAUGCCUCUUGGUCAAGGGAAAGUGUCUUCCCUGUUCUAUACCAUUGUAGUACCUAUGUUAAAUCCAUUAAUCUAUAGCUUGAGGAAUAAAGAUGUCAAAAUUGCUUUGAGGAAAACUUUGAACAGAAAAAUAUUUUCUUAG